AUGGUCGCACUUGGAAUGGCUCAACGCGUCGCGAUCGUGGGAAAUUUCAAAUUCUGCAAAAAAAAAAGUUAUCGCAUUAAGGUAACAGCAAACCAAAGAGUUUACUCUAAUGGUCUACGAUGCAAAAAAGCCCAAGUCGUUUUGGGUCGGGGGCGCAAAAAUUCACUUUUUUGUAGCCGAGCCAUUAAAAGGGUGGGGCAUGGGAGUCAAAAAUCGCUUUUUCUAUUCAUCUCGAAGUCCAAAAAAAAACAGCUUUCCAAGACAUUUUUUCUGCAAAAUGAUGUCACAUAUGUCCUUUAGGGCGACGUGUGGAAGGCAGAAACUUCGGAUGGAAAAGGUCCGAUUGCAAUCGCCGAAGACACGGUGAAUUUCGAUCCUCUUCUGGCUGCCCUCUCCAUUGAUCCCGACGGACCUAACUUCUUCACACGUGUUCCACACGUUUUUUCUUACUUUUGGUGGCGGCAACUUCAAAAAAACUGUCUGCAAAUAAUCUUGUCCUUUCAUCUCUCUAGUUUUCCCUUGUUCUCAAGUUUCGGGAGUUCUCUUAUAUUGUUCGAAAAUUCUCUGAAGUGAAGCGCCUAACUCUCUCUCUCUCUCUGACACACACUAUUUCGUUGUUGUCUAGCUGCGAGAAAACGACGAAACAGUGUAGGUCAGAGAAAAAAUUGUCACUAGAAUUAUUCUUGGUUGAAAUUAAAAUAAAUCAUAUAGGUCAUUCCGCGCCAGUUUGUCACGAUUUUCAGUUUCCUCGGAGCUACAGAACCCCCGCGCUUCGCUUCGAUGCUCUCGGUGUUCCCCCCUGCGUGCGCCUUUAAUAAAACAUUUGAUUAAGAUGUUGCUUCAAUUUCCUCUCUCUUUUAUUAGUUAACGAGGUUGUUUUCAAUGAUUUUCAAUACACACUCAGAUUCUGUGCUGGAUUUGUAAGAAAAAAGAUUGAAUUACUACUUUUUAAUUUUAAUGAAACCGACUGUUCGCGCUUUUUUGCAUAUAAUUUCUGGGUUAGUUAGAUAUAAAAUUUGACGUUACAACUGUUUUUGUAGGAUAAGAAAAUUCCAAAAUUCGGAAACAAUGAGUCUUAUUAAAGGCGCACGCAAGCGGGUACACCGAGAGAAUCGAAGCGAAGCGCCGAAAAGGCUACUGUAGCUCCAAAUAAACUGGAAAUCGUGACAAGCUGGCGCGGAAUGACCUAUAUUCAUGGUCUGAGUGUUGGUUUCUCUGUUCGUCGCACUUAGAAUGGCUCGACGCGUUGCGGUCGCGUCGCGGUUCAAGUUAAAGCUUCAAAAUGUACUUUUUAACUGUCAGCUUUCCUAAGCUUUUCUAUGUAAACUGCCAAAAGCCGCUUAAUGAUCCGCCACACUUUCAAAUUAACCGCUUCGCAGCCGCGACGCUCAAGCCAUUCUAAGUGCAACAAUUUGAAAAAUCUCCGAAAAUUUUGAAGAUACUUUUUUUCUUCAAAAAUUUCAUUUUCAAAGCCUUUUUUUGUUCAUAAAAUGCUUCAUAUUUUUGAAAUUUCUGUCCCUAUCUUCAAUUUUUAUGCUCCUUUUUCCAUUUUCGGACUGUAAAUGGGUCGCUAACGGUAUCAAGUACAUUUUCCAUUUUUUUUUCUUCUUCGAAAUAUGUACUCCGCACUAAAAAGCUUCAAAAUUCAGAUGAAUUCGGUGAAAAAGCGCCGAACCCUGUGGCUGUUGCUCCUGAGCAACCUGCUGGUGAUCCUACUAAUGGCGAUAUUUUUGUUCCGACCAACUGGCAUCCCCUUUGAACAUGGGAAAGAAGUCCUGACACCUUCUUAUCCGCUUUCCAACAGAAGAGGUGCCAUCAAAACCAAAUUUGUCAGGGAGAUCCUGGCCCCCACGGAUGACAGCGAUCGUAAGUUUCCAUUGAUUUUAUGAUUUUUUAAAACUUUUUUUUUGAACAAAAGUUUUCCUAGAACUUCACAGCCUAUGGAUCAUACGGCUUCGAAAAAUAGUCGCGGUUGAAAAAAAAUUCAAAAUCUCAUUCUCAAAUCGUGAAAAUUGCUUUUUGCUUUUUGUAAGGUUCUUUGCUCUACAGCUGGAUCCGAUUCAUUCUUUGACCGCACUUGGAAUGGCUAAAUGCGUCGCCUACGCGUUGCGGCUAAAAGUGUAGAUCGAAACUCGACCUGAAAAAUCUGCUUCUAGCUGAGAUUGAGAUCUGCACAGACUUCAAAACCAUGGUCGCAUUUGGAAUGGCUUGAUUCGUGGGGUUCAAAGAGAAAUUUGAAUUUCCGAUUCCAGCCUGUCCGUUUCACCGCUCUAUAAAAUUAUUUGGAAUUUUAAAACUGGAUAAUUUCAAGAAGCGUCGACGCAUUGAGUCAUUCCAAGUACAACCUGAGCUUCUAAAGCAUCUCUCCUCAUGUUCUAGAACCGUUUUUCACCACUUUAGGGGCCACUUAAAAGGUUCCUCAAGGACUACUUGGAAAGGGCACUUUAGUGGUCACUGAAGCCUUUAUUUUGCAUCUAGGUGGCCUAGCAGUACCAUAAACUACUAUAGUGGCCACUAAAACCUUGAAACCCUUAAGUGACCACUAAAAAUUUUCCCAGCAGUUUCCGACCUCUUGUCCUCACUGCUCUCGCUUUUUUUAUUCCUACAGGUGAGAUAUAAGAGAGCACAGAGAAGCUAGAAAAAUUAUUUUUCUUCCAGAGUCUUCUCCAGCACUCACGAAGCUCCAAAAAUUUCGAUUCUAAUAAUCCAAAACGUUCCAGAGAACGACAUGGCUCCCAAUACAAUGUUCGAGAUCUUCUCUCACCCUGGGAAACAAGAAGGCGUGGAGAUGCUGUUGAUCAUCAGCUCGACGUCGUCAGAUCCGUCGACUCGUCAGGCGAUCCGAAGAUCCUGGGCGAACAUCUCCGAGCUGGACGAUCCGAGGAUCCACGUCGAGUUCGCCUUGGGCAGGCCGGUGGGUCAUAUUUCCUGGAUAAAACAAUCAUUUUCAUUCUCCAGAGCACUGCCGAGACAACUCAUCGUCUCGAGGCUGAACAGGCCGAUCAUGAGGAUCUUAUAGUUAUCGACAUUGAUGAGCUCGACGGGAAUAUCGGCUCCAUGACCACUUACACCGCUUUGGAGUACAAAUGGCUCAAGUAUCCGAAAGCGAGAUGUCUUCUGAAGACGGGGACGAAUUCGGUUCUGCACUUGCCCAACCUGAUGAAGCUCUGUAUGGAGACGGGUUCGUUGAGGCUUAGGAACUGAAUGAGUUCAGAUUCCUCUGCAAAAGAAAUAGCAAAAAAAAAUUGUUAGCAGCCGGGAUUGAACAUGGCAAUGGAUAAUUGAUAGCUAGGCGCUCAGAAGUUGAUCUAGGCACUCCAUGCUUUAAAAAAUCCAAUUGAAAGCUAGAAAACGGACUUUUCAGAAUGAAAAACGAGUCUAAAAUGUUGCUAUAACUUUUUCGGUUCCUAAAUUUGAAAAAAAACUACAAUACUUUUCUUUUUUUCAAAAAAAUAAAAUCAGAGUCAUGAAAAAAUAUAAGAACUUGAGCCGAACGUCUUCAAAAUCAAGCUUUAAGGUUACAAGAAAGUUCCUUACAUGGGAGGUAAUUCUAGCAUCCAAACUUAUUUGAUAGGUUUUUACAUAAAACUUCAAAAUUCUCAUCGGAAUUCUUGGAAAAAAAAAUGGCAAAAAAAAGUUAGCGGCCAUAGAAUUCGAACCCUCAGCGAAGGCUCCGCAGGCUAACACGCUAGCCACUGCACUAUUCUCCUUGCAGCCAUGCAAUGGUUGGUGGCGCGGCCAAAUUCCUUCCAAACGGCGUCACAUGGUUGAGGAUAAAAACUUUGAAAAAUUAUAUCUUCAAAACAAAAAUUUUGCGCAGAUAGCGACCAGUCCAUCAAAGAUUGUCUGAGCAAAUUUCGAGAAAAUUCCAAACCCUGCGCAAAAAUAACCUCCAAUUUUAAAUUUUCAACUUUUUCCAAAUUUCAACUGUCACCCUUUCAAAUGAAAAACGCCGUUUUAGAAAAAAAAUUUCAGAAAAGUCCCAAAUAAUUGGCCGAUGUGACAGUGUCCCCCUGAGAAGCAAAAACAGUACAAAUUCCAAUCUCACGGAUCCCCACGAAAAGCUCCCGCAGUUCUGCUACACGGGGACCUACCUCAUAGUUGGUCAGUUCAUUAUAAAAAAUUCAUCUCAUUAAAAUUUAUUUCCAGGCCAAGACAUCCCAGAAACUCUUUUUGAUUUCAGCCGAAAGCAGCCAUUUAUUCGACUCCAUAGCUUUCAAGUACUUCUGAUUCUACUUCUAAUUCUUAAUUUUUUUAAUUCUAGUGA